UGCUAAAAAAGGGGAGCCGACAUAUGGCAGGUGGUAACGGCCAACGGACGCCAAGGAAGGAGGAUCCAGCUCACACAGACUUUCACCCAGCCUCAGAACACACACCCACUCUCACACACACACACACACACACACACACACACACACACACACACACACACACACACUCUCUCACACACACUUUAGACACGCUCAGAACUCCAGCAGAGUAUCAAAGCAGGAAGGAGGACCUCAUCCUGAGCAGGGGCACCAUUUAAACUCCCAGUUGGGAUUUCUGAGCCCAGUUGACUUUGCCUCUACAAAAUUGCAUCAAGUGGGAAUAGAGUGAGCCAGGCCCAGAAAGAUCAAGAGGGGAUCACCUGACAGACAAUCCAGAAAACAACUGAACGAGGACAAAAAACAACAAAACAAAAGGAAAAUUACAACAACAAAAAAAAAACCAGGCAGUUCUCAGGAGUCUGUACAAUAGGGAGGAAGGUAUACAUUUCUAAAGAUGGAGCAGGACACCCAACAGGUUUGGCAUACACAACUCUCACCUCAGGAGGUGCCAGGAGAGGUGCGAAAGAAGAUAUCAGUGGCCAGCCAGCCGGAGUGCUCCAUCUGCUACAACACCUAUGACAACGUCUUCAAAACUCCCAAGUUGCUGGAGUGCACGCACACCUUCUGUCUGGAGUGCCUUUCCCGCCUCAUGGCAGUCUCGUUGUCUGACCAGGAUGAUACAGGUGGCAGUGCACGCCUCUCGUGCCCCUUCUGUCGUCACCCCACCACAUUGCCCGAGGAGGGACCCCCAGCCUUGGCCACCAGCCGUGAGGUCCUCUGCAAGCUGCCCAGCCACCAGCAGAAGGAGGAGCCAGUGUGGCUGGAGGGGGAAAAGCUGUGCUAUAAGAGCUCCAGACAUGACGCCGUCUCUGACGCUCCUGACAGUCCCAUGGCCUUCUGCGUCUGCAUCGACAUUGGGGCCAGUAAGUCAGCGGAUACUCCGGUCCAGACCAGGUCCAGGACCUUGGGCUUGUUGGGCAGACUGGCAGACUGGAAGAGGAUGGUCCUCUUUAUUAUCCUCAUGGUGCUGCUCAUCCUGGUCGUGUUGUGGCCCCUGCAGUGUGUAUUCAGCACUGGAAACCUGCGCUGUAUGAAGGAUCAACAGCAAAUCUCCACUACCACAACCACUACUUUUACUCCCUUUACCAGCAGGACUGGCCUGAAAGGAUGAUCAGCUAAACUGACAGGACUUGGAUAAUAAUGUACAUAAAGACACAUUUUUUUACGUUUUCUGCUUAAUGACUGCUCUUUGGAUCGGUGCACCUGGUUAUUCCAACCAUAAAUGUGAAAACCUUAAGAUUUAAAAUUCAAAAUUUCAAAGCCAAUGUUGUUUUUUCUUCCCACCACUCAGCCAAACCUUAAUGGUAUUAUUGGAUUUCUAUGAAAUCAUGCAUUAGCAGUUAUAAAUGACAAAAGUAAAGGAGUCGAGAGACGUCAAAAAGCAGUAACGGAUACGUUUU